UAUGAGAGGCGUUUAUUUGCAGAGUGGGCAUGCUGCGCAACAACGGCAUCAAACUCCUGGACGGUAAAAUCCUUGCUUUAAUUUACAAGCAUGUGUCAAGGGCGGGGUCCGACAAUUGACGACCCCGGGACUCUUCUGCAACACCACAACCUCAAUUCCUACUGCGCAACCCCUCUACUAUCGUAACACACUCUCAGAUCAAUCUGCUAUCAAUUCCCUCGCGUUACGCGCGGAGGAAGCUCAACCUAAACCAAUCUUCGACCUUGUCCGUAAGCGUUGAGUAUUCAGUUCUCUGCUAUCGACUGUUGAAACUGACCUUCAACGGUUACGUCCCUCAUUACCAAUCCUUCACGAAGCUUGCGCAUCAAGGCUUUGGCACAAUAGCAAAAUUAGGGGUCCGCUCGCUCCUGAUGGGCUAGGUUAUCGCUUUAGUACCAAUGGAGAGCCUACUUUCCAUGUGGUAAGUCUUGCUUUUCCACCUUGCCUAAUGUUUGAAAUGCUUACAAAAUAUAAUCCGACAGCCAUGACCUACUCAUCCUCUGUGACGCUAUCUGCCGUUACGCAAGUAAUGUAUGUGGUUUUACGAUGACACACGAAGGGAUUAAACGCAACCUGUUCGAGCAUUACGAGUUUCCCGUCUUCUUGCUAGAAGCUCAUAACAAGCAGGCGCAGUCACUCGUCGACCGAUUCAAACGUGCGAUUUCUAUCUGCGAAGCUACCUCAGGUUGGGAUCCAUUGGGAGCCAAGGAAAUCGAUCCAGGAACAGGCGACUCAGGCGACUAGAUCACGUGAUUUUCCUGACCAGAAGAAAUCCCUGGAUCGCUUAGUGUCACGAAUCACGUGUUAGCACGUGGUUAGCGAAGACCAGGCGGCGUCCUGACAGGUCAAGCACUACCAGAAUACUUAUAGCAGAUAGGGAUGCUUAGAUUAGCUAAGCGAUCCAGGGAUUUCAUAGCAAUUAUAUCACGUGACCAGUAAUGGUCGUUUGGUCGCGAGCGACCAGCAGCGAUCAUGAGGAUGAAGGUUCUAUAUAAGACUGGCACGUCUGCCAUUAGAUAGGAGCUUCGUGCUCAACUUAGUUA